UUCACGCGCAAGUGGGAGCUGUGAUGUAAUGUGUGUGUGUGCAGGUAUAAAUAUAGAGGCAUGGCUGUCCGGUGCGCGUGCAGAUCAAUGUUGCUCCGCCACUGAACUCAAGUCAUUUCCAGACGCUCGUGCGCCGCCGCGUCUCAGCUGCUCCCGCUCGUGCUCCCGCUCGUGCUCCUGCUCGUGCUCACACAAACGCCCGGCGGCUGUUCACAGAGUCACACCCGGGAUGGGCUCUCUGUCGGCCCUGCGGACUCUUGUCAUCUUGGGCCUGGUGACCGGACUCGCGGGGGUCGCUCCGGGCCUGAACCGGACGGCGGAGCGCUGGGAGGCCCUGUACUCCCGCUCCCUGGCACGGAUCCCUGGGGAGAAGCGGGAGGAGAUCAGCCGGGACAGCGACUACCUGCUGGGGAUUAAAAGGUUACGGCGCCUCUAUUGCAACGUGGGGAUCGGCUUUCAUAUGCAGGUGUUACCGGACGGCAGAAUAACGGGGGUUCAUCACGAGAAUCGUUACAGUCUACUGCAGAUCUCUCCAGUGGAGAGAGGAGUGGUGACUCUGUGGGGGGUGCGCAGUGGACUCUUUGUGGCCAUGAAUCGACGAGGAAAACUCUACGGAUCUGUGAGUUUACACUACAACAACGAGUGCACGUUCAGAGAGAAGCUCCUCGCCAACAACUACAACGCCUACGAGUCGCUGCUCUACCCAAGGAUGUUCAUUGGACUGAGUAAGAAUGGCAAAACAAAAAGAGGAAACAGAGUGUCACCAGCCAUGACAGUGACACAUUUCUUACCAAGAAUCUAGUGACCUCAGUAAUAGAAGAGGAAGAGAACUCCAAACUCCCAAACAUGAUGCACUUUCACGCCAAGCUUGAUGCAAGUGUAUCAUAUUUAAUAUUGUGUCAUGUAUAUAUAUAUAUAUAUACCUACUGUAUACAUAUAUAUAUUCUUUUUUUAUGUUUAACAUAACUUUUGUACUUUUUAGGAUGGACUGUCUUUUCACUAAGGAUGAAUGAGCAGGGGAUCACACUUCUUUCUUUUAAUUUUCCUAAUUUAUCAGACAUUUGCUGCUACUGAAUGAAAUCCUGUGAUUGAAUUUUUCAAUCUUCAAUCUUUUCUUUGCACUGGUGUGUGUGUGUGUGUGUAUAUAUAUAUAUAUAUAUGCAGCAGUGCAUGAAUUAUUAUUAUUAUUAUUAUUAUUUUAUUUAUUUUUUAUCUUUUCUUCAACCAAACAUGACCUGUUUGAGUCUAAAAAACAACCAGAUGACGUGUGAGUGUGUCUGCUGUCAGCAGUGCUUGCCAGCUCCUUUGUGUGGCACUGGAGCCUAAUUGAAACGGUAUCAUCUUACUGUUGGUGGCAUGUGUGUGUGCGUGCGUGUGUGUGUGUGUGUGUGUGUGUGUGUGCGUGUGUAGUGGGGGGUGGGGUUGAAGAAACCCCACAACCCCUCACUGGUCCAUUUAUAGCUCUGCCAAGGGGGGUGAGGGGGUGAACUCUGAACUUUCUGCCUUCAGUCUCAGUCACUUCUAUAAGACUGCCAUCAGACAGCGAGAGAGGCAUCCUCAGUGACAUUAUACAAGUGGGGAAUCUGGAUGUUUAAAGGCAGGGUCAAAGUGUUGACAUGCAUCAGAGAAACUGUAGCCUUGACUGCAGAAUAUCAGGUUAUUUUGGAUUGUCCAGUCGCUCCUGGAAUGGCAGAAAUGAGUGUGACAGCAGCAUAACUCAGGGCAUGUGUUUCCGUGUCAUUCCCCUUUAGUCGUCUUUGUCUUGUAUGUAACAGCUUGACAAGCGACAACAUAACAUUUCAAUGUUCAGGAAACACAGGUACUGGCUUCAUGUAUUACACUACAUCUGCAUUGCUAAGAUAAACCUACAACUACAGCAACGGGUUAGCUUAGCAUAACCACAACAACAAAAAUGAAAACUCUUAAAGGUACAGUCUUUUAGCAUCUUGGAUGAAUUCUGUCCUAUCAUAGGAGGGUUAGACAGGUCACUUUGCAUGGCUGCUCCAGCACUGGCAACAACUUCCUACACUGCAAAGAAACGUAAAAACAUGAGCAGAUCAUUUCAGGGAUGGAGAGAUAGCCUCGGGUCAUCUGAUGAGUAGCUCUGAACCCAAAGUGUUAGUAUUUUAACAACCGUUCCUUGUACAGUAAGACACAUAUAACACAAUAGUCAAAUAAGACGCACAACAAACCCUUAUAACAAUACAAUGACAGCUGUGCACACCACUC